ACCAACAUAAAAAGAAUAUUAGACCAUUUUCACGACUGCUGUGAGGCAUAUUGUGUGGAGUUAGAUUACAGAUAAUCUUGUUGACGGCGCCGUCUUUAUAAAUCGUAACACCCCAUAAACAAGCAGGCAUGGGAGCUGGUUCCAGUCAACCCAGUGAGAAUGAUGAGCAGGCCAUCGUACCCCAGCAGGACAGGAGGAAGACCUCUAACAGGAGACACUCUGAGGAAACACUGGACUGCCCAACCUGCCAGGGCACAGGCCGCAUCCCACGAGGUCAGGAGAGCAAAUUGGUGGCAGUGAUCCCCUGCUCCGAUCAGAGGCUGAAACCACGACACACGAAGUUGUAUGUCACUGUGUCGGUGACGCUGUGCCUACUGGUCAGCUCGCUGGUCCUCUUCUUCUUGUUUCCUCGCAGUGUCAUCCUCUCACCCGGGGCUGUCGAGUCUGUCUAUGUUUACUUCACCCCGACCACUGUCCAAAUGAACAUCACGAACAUCCUGAAUAUUACCAAUGACAACUUUUUUACAGUUCAGGCCUACAACUUGACAGUGCAGGCUCUUUUUGAUAAAACGGUUGUGGGCAAGGCUGAUAUGAAAAAUGUCACCACCGUCAAACCACUCACGGACAAAACGUUUGCCUUUGAGAUUCCUGUCACGCUAGUGGAGGAGGGUCUGAACAAUUACUGCAAGAAAUCUACAAUCAAGAUCCACACGUUAUUUGUCCAUCUUCAGAUGUCAAUGACUGUCUACUACCUGGCCCACUUUGAGCAGCUUUCCUUGGACACGUAUGAAUACAUCGACUGUGGGUCUAACACCACAACACCCCACAUCAUCAACCCUACACCCUGAGAACAGGGGCUCCAUUAGGGGCGGGAUGACAAGGGUGAGGGGAAGACUGAGGAGCAGGCCAGGAGGUGAACUGUGUGGUCAAAAGCCAUAGUUAAUGCAAAUGUUCCCUCAAGUUAUGGGGAAGAAGGAAAUAACACAAAUGUGGAGUUUGAAAUUAAAAUUAAAGCUCUGAAAUGUUCUGUUUGUUGUUUUUAUGCACCUCUGUAGCACUUGUUUUAUAAGUAGGGUCAUCGCUGUGAAAUUUUACUUUUUUGCCACUACAUCCUACUGAAGCCUACUCUGUUUUGUCUUCAAAGAAACUGAAAGACUUGAGUGGAAUACAAAUUUGCACAAAUUUUUGAGAGAGUAAUUUAAUUUAGAUGUUAUAUUUUUGCAUAAUUUCCUAUAAAACAGAUUGUCGGUGCACUUCUACAAACAAGUAAAUUACUUUUGUAUGUGUGUUAAUUGGGUAAAGUAGGUAAAACCAUUUAAGUAUUCUUAAAGUUAUGCAUACAACUAUGUAGUAUUGAUCACAUAAUGACUGGUAGACUAUUUAGAACUUUUCUAUGGAAUCACAUGGAAAUUACAGUUCUGUCUUUGAUUUGUACUCUAAUGGGAUUGACUACUGCCCACACAUUUCUAUGUUAAACCAUAAUCUCUAAUUGUAUGCUAAUUCUAUCAGCUAUAACAAGAUCUGGAUAUUAAUUCACCUAUCGUUUUUGUGUCACUGAAAUGAGAUUAUUAGUGAGGGGAAAAAUGGUUGUUUGGAAUCCACAUGGACUAGUAGUGUCACCACGGGUAUUUUUGGAAUGGGGAAGCUAACUAAUUUACUCCCUUGUGUUCUUCCACUACAGCAAAAUCAUGGCAAUGUUUCUUAUGCCCUGUUCAAAUACUCUUAAUAUUUACUUCCUCUAUUCUUUGGGUUAAGGGUUUUAGUGCAUUGUUUCCACCUUUGUCAGACCAGUGAAAAACAUUCUAUGCAUUUUAAAGGAUUCAAUACUGUAUUCUAUUUUCUCAGGAUUUGUGAUUCCAUGUUCCUUGUUUGGUCACAUAAUUAAAGGAUGUUGUAUAUUGAAA